AUGACGAGCAUUGUUAGGAGGCGCAAAGCGCAUACGAAGACCAGUCUCGGUUCAAGUGGUAACGCAAGAGCCGUCGCUCACCAUCAGACCGCGCUCAGUCGCGUCAAGCCGCACUUCAAGUCGCCUGAAGCCACGGACCAACAAGCGCUGCUGGGCUUCUCCGCGUUCACCUCCAUGUACGCGGUGGCCGAGCCCUUCAUGCGACCCCAUCAACUGCGCGCUUUGCAGCCAACUCAGUUCGAUCCCGUGGACGAGUUGCUGCGCGCCUUUCAUUUCGGGCGAUGCACAACGUCAUUCGUGCAGCAAAGUUUCCCUCCGGCCCUGGUUUCAGAGUCCUGGCUUCUCCUGCCGUCCAUGACACGGCAAGGCGAUGAUCUCCAGGGUACCACUGCAAGAUUCCCACAGUUCCAGCCGCUCGUAGCGCGCGUCAGGCAUCUCUCCGAAACUUCACAGGAGAUGGCGUGUCUUUCGUCCAUUUCCCAGCUCAUUGAACGAAUAGCUACCUUGGUUGAUAAUCCCGGAGAGCCCGAGAAGGGCAAGGUCAUCUGGGGAUGGGGUCUCGAGGUCCAUCAAGACUUUCUCGACAUGUGUUCGGCGCGGCACUCCGUGGCACUCGCCGUCUUGGCCCACCUGGCCGUCUUGAUGACCUUUUACAGGGAGCACUGGUGUCUCAGGUCAUGGCCUGCUGGGCUUCUAAGUCACAUCAAGGGUGUCCUUGGUGAUGAGUGGAGAGAUGUAAUUCAGUGGCCGUGCGAUGUCGUGUUUGGAUCAGUUGCAGUUGUAUAA